AUGCUUCAUCAACAACCACAUUCGCAGAAGGUGCCUCUGCUUCCGUUGCAGGCGGAGGGCCUUCCAUGCUCUCAACACGGCGACUACGAUGACUGCGACCUCCUUUAUCCGACGCCUUCCAAGCAUCACUACUGGUCUGCAACACCAUGGGCACGACGUCUAGGCGGCUUGGCCGACUCCUCGACAACAGGGCUGGUCCCUACUCUUGUCGGCCUUCCUUUGCUCGUCUCCAUCAUUGCGCACAUCUACUUUCGCAUGUUCUCGACACUACAUAUCUUUCUCGCCGUCGUCUGGAUCGGCCUGCCUGUCGCAACCACAUCAACACUAGCCGCCGUCGCAUCACGGUACCUUUCCAAGAGCAAUGCAAGCCGCGACAACCUCAAAGCCGCCCUGCUCACUGCUCUGCUAUGCACCGUCGCAUGGCGCACCUUCACCGUCAAUCAUCAUCAUUCGCUUCCCGACCUCGACUCGUACCCUCGCAAUAGCAACAACGAGACCGUUUUCAUUGCCGUCAACCUCUACAACUCGGAGCAUCUUUUCCCUGCCUUCUCGGACAACCUGCUCCAAGUCGUCCACCACCUCGGUGAGGAGAACGUUUUCAUUUCGAUAUACGAGAGCAACUCGCACGAUCGCACCAAGCAGCUCUUGUCGCAGUUCGAACGCGAGCUUCACCUUCGCGGCAUCCAGAACAGCAUCCGCAUGCUCGACAACAACCGCAGGAACGACAUGGACCGAAUCGAGCGACUGGCUCUCAUCAGGAACGAAGCGCUCAACCCAAUACAGUCGGGCGUUCACGGUCUCCACGGUCGCACAUUCUCCAAGCUACUCUGGUUGAACGACAUCUUUUUCCGCCCAGAAUCGGUACUCGAGCUCUUUUCGACAAACGGCGGGCGAUUCGACCAGGUCUGCGGUCUCGAUUACCUGCCGCUCGGCUUCUACGACACCUGGGUCAUGCGCGAUGUCGAGGGCAAUCGACAAACGCCGCUCUGGCCGUACUUCCACCUCGAAUCGGACAUUGCUCGAUUGCGCAAAGGCGAGCUCAUCCCAGUCAACGCCUGCUGGAACGGCAUGACCAUCUUCGACGCAAAAUGGUUCCUUCCAACGUCGAACUCGACAGCACAACCUGGUGUAGACGACGGCCCGAUUCGCUUCCGCACGCAUCCCGAAUGCCUCGCCUCCGAGUGCCUCCUUCCCAGCUACGACAUUCACGUCCGCAGCAAGCAGCGCCCGCAGAUCUUUGUCAACCCGCGAGUCGUAGCCACCUAUCAAUGGCGCGACUACCUCAUGUACGACUGGAUCAUGCGCUCCAACAUCGUCAAUAUCUGGAGUCGCAUCUGGCAAGAUUUGAUCAGCCACUCGCUCUUCGGCUUUUUCGUCGAGAUCGGUCGCAAGAAGGACGACUGCGCGGAGGCACUUCGACGCGGCUGGAAGCCGUUAUAG